AUGAACCCCCACAAUUGGUUAUCUCUAUUCCUCAUUGUGUCAAAGGAUGUACAGAAGUGUGAGCCUAUUGUUCAACACUUGAAGCGUAUGAUCAAGUGUUAUAUUCUUGACUUUGUGAAGAUGGAUGUAAAGAUCGCAUAUGUUUUGAAGAAGAGGCCAAUUGUGAAGCCCAAAGAACAACCUAAAUGCAUCCAGUUUUUGAAGACAGGGAUAAUACGAAAUAAGCAUUGGAGUAUUGUCUACAAGAGAAAAGAAGAGGAAGUGGUUCAGAACUUCAUUUUCUUUUUUAGGUACAAACACUUAUACUCGUCUUCGGCUCUCAAGAAAAUAUUAUUCUCUGCCAAAGCUCACAAAGUAAAGUCUCCUGCCGACAUCAAGUGUGUUGCGGAUAUGAUACGUUGA